GUGAAAUCUAAAGAUCCCUUGACGAUUGCCAAGAUCUGGUGGGAAUGGCUUGACGAAUGCCACCACAUCCUGGAUCAGAAACAGGAUGACCCGCAGAUAGGUGAUUAUGAUUGGGCAGUUUUAGAGCCUGUGUUCCUUCAUGCAGCCAGAAUUCGUGGUGUCUAUGGUCAACAUCGGUGA